ACAAAGGGGCCACAUGGUUCUUGUGUUUUGGCUUUGAGUCAAGAAAAAUGCAUUUAACAUUAAUAAAUUUCUUCAAAAGAACAGUUCCUGGACAUGUCUUUCGAGGAAAACGUCGUCUUGUUAUGCAGCCUACUAGGAAAACAAUGAAUCAGUUAAUAAGAAAGUACGAAAUUCAGGAACAAAACAUGAAAUAUUUAUUGAAACCUUACAUUACUCUGGAACAAUCCCAGGGCCAUGCUAAAGAUCUUGGAAAGACAGAGGCGAAGUUAAAUUUUUGGAAUAACAACCCGAUUAAACCACCAUUUAAACCUCAUAUAAAAAUAGAAGAUCGCUUAAUUCACUUAAAAUGUAGUGAAGCUUGGGACUAAGAAUUGUUUUUUCUCGUUAGAUUUUAGAAGUUUUCCCUCACUGAAUUAAAUAAAAAUAAUUCUAAUCAAAUAUA